AUGCUUACGUCUUCUUCAAUAGGAUUAAGAACUUCAAUAAUAGAUAAUGCUGAUGGAUCAGCAGAAUUAUCAAUCUACAACAACAAUGACUCCAACAAUAGCAAUUCUACUUCUUCUUCUUCUACUACUACUACCGAUGAUAAUAGUAUUAUUAAAUUAAUUACAUCAAUUAAUGGACCUAUUGAACCUAAACAACGACAAGAAUUACCUAAUCGAGCCAGUUUAGAAAUCAAUAUUUAUCCAUCAAUAGGAUUAUCAACAACAAAAGAAAAAUUAUUAGAAAAUAAAUUACGAUCAAUAUUACAAAAUAAUAUCAUUAUAAAUUAUAAAUAUCCUCGUCAAUUAAUUCAAAUAUCAAUUCAAUUUUUAAUAUCAAAUAAUAAUAGUAAUGGUGGUAGUAAUAGUAGUAAUGGGAUGAUGACAAAUUUAUUUGAUUUAAAUGCAUUAAUUAAUUGUUGUUAUUUUGCUUUAAUUGAUGCUAAUAUUGCUAUGAAUUAUUCAUUUGUUAGUAUAAUUAUAAUUAUUGAUCAUCAAGGAAAUUUAAUUAUUCCAUUUGAAAAAAAUGAAUAUGAAUAUGAAUAUGAAUAUAAAUUUAAAUAUGAUUUACAAGAUUAUGAUUCGAUUCAUUUAUGUUGUUAUUCAAUUAUACAAAAUAAAGUUGAUAAAUUAUUAUUAUUAGAAAGUCAAGGAAAUUUUAAUGAAUCACAAUUAUUUAAUGUAUUAGAUAAAAGUAUUAAUCAAGUGGAAAAAUUUCAUAAUAAUAUUCAUCGUCAAUUUAUUAAUGAUAAAAUUAAUAAUGAUUAUAUUUGGAAACAAGAAAGAGAAGAAUAA